UUAACAUACUGUUGCCUGCCUUAACAGCUGAACGCCUAUAUAUAAAUGUUUUUCUUAUCUGUGUUGUUUUAAAAGUGAUAAUGUAUUGUUUUGAAACACUGACCGUUAGUGCCUACGGCACAAACUUUAACGGUAGUAUUCGGGCUUUAACUUGUUAACUGGCAGCUCAACACUGUCUCAUGACAACCAGCAGGCGCGCAUUGCCGCCAGCGUCGCCAAGUGGAAAUAAACAAAAUAAACAAUCGGCAACGUUGGCAGAACAGCGCCGUGUGCCUCUCCCCCAACGCAAGCGAACCAGUUGCCGAUGCCAGCUGCAUGCGGUGCCAGCGUCCUCUCAAAUCUGUCAAAAAAUUUAUUAAAUAUAUAUAUAUAUUUAAUAUAUUUUUAGGCAUAUUGAAAAUCAUAAGUAUAAAUUGUGUAGUUUUCUUAAAUUAGACAUAUUCAGUGAACGCAAUAGUUUAAAGAAUAUAUAAAAAAAAAACUGCAUUUUCAUACAACGCAUAAUUAAUCCAUCAACGUAGUGAAGCCCAACGUUAAGCAUAAUUAUGGCUUCUGUGCGGCUCGUAAAUAGACUUUUCUGUCGAGGGAUUAUUGUGGUCACUCUAUUCCUGAUAUUCUUCAGCGAAGUACUUAUAUACUAUAUAGCACAAUCUAGCUGGAAAUCAAUCGAUUGUAAACUGGAAAACUGCACCCGUCUACUGCUCAUAGCCGAUCCACAAAUCCUGGGCAAUGCCUACGAUCAAUCCCCACACAGUGCACUUGCACGGUACGACCUGGAUCGGUAUCUGAAGAAGACCUUUGAGCGUGCCGUAUCCUUCACACAACCACAUAUUUUAGUUUUUUUGGGUGAUUUGCUGGAUGAGGGUAACAUAGCUACCGCUCAGGAAUACAAGCAAUAUGUGCAGCGCUUCAAGCGCAUCUAUAAAAAUAAGAGGCUAACAAAUUUUCGCAUGAUAUCUGCCUACUUUCAGCGUGUUCAUGUGCCGGGCGAUAACGACAUUGGCGGCGAUGAUGGCGAUUAUAUAUCUAAUUCGAAUCAGAGACGCUUUGAAAAUGAAUUCAUGAGCGAAGAUCUCUUUGACUAUGACAAUCACUUACGUUUCUUCAAAAUCAAUCGCAUGCUAUUGGACUACACGAAUCCCGACAAGGAACAUAACGCUGAACGCCUACGUAUCGGAGUCUCCCAUGCCCCACUGCUAAUUGGCGGUGGGCCGCUGUUGCGCGCCGUUAUUAACGAUUUGGAUCCACAUAUACUGUUUACAGGACAUUGGCAUGAGUCGCGUAUAUUCGUCUAUCCGUCGAUAAAGGCGAUCCAAUUCUAUGAGAACGAUGUGCGGCAUUUCGAUCUGAAAGCCCUGAAAGAGACGGAGCACAGCUACCUGGAGAUAAUGGUGCCAACAUGUUCAUAUCGCAUGGGUAAAUUUAAGAUUGGCAUAGGAUAUGCCGUGCUAGAAAACUACAAUUUAAGCUAUACUGUGCUGUGGCAGCCCAAUCGGUUUAUAUUUCUCUUCAGCUAUCUGUUUUGGGGUCUCUUUGUGCUGUGUAGUGCCAUCGUCUACAAAAUGAUGACACGGUGUCCCUUCCGCGUGGCCAAGCGGCAAUCACAAUAUAGUCGCGUCUCAACCAAUCAUAAUUUUUAGACUUAAAUUACCAACACAUUUUCAAUCAGUACUUUUUUAAUUUCUGUAUAAUGCUAUAGUACAAUUUUGCCAAAUAGGAACUGACAAAGCCAAACAAAAGUUAUAGAGAUUAUUAAAAAUGGCAUAAAUACAAGAA